AAAAUAUUAUACCAGCCAAUAAAAAUGUUUUCAUACCUCAGGAGCACCGCUAUCUCCUGUCACAUAAAAAAAUUUACGAAAUUUCCUUUAUCAAAUUACAUUAUCGGCCAACCAAAUGUUUUCAAAUUUGACAAAAAAAUUGAAGUGCGUCAAAUGUAGUUAUACAAGACAAUAGUAAUCUCAGAUUCGUUUGAUUUACAUAUCAUUCGUUAUUUUGAGAUAGGCGUAUAUGACAAUUAAUCAUCUACGAAAUGAGUUCAACUAUGUCGCAUGAAAUUUUGAACCUUCUAUGUAGCUCGAUGAAGUUAGAACGUGAUCGAGCGAUAUCUGAUCUGAACAAAACACUGCCAGCAUCCAGCGGCACUAUCAUACAAGAAAUCAAAGACGCCUUGGUAAAUGCUGUGAAAAAUAAGGGUAGUUCCUGGGAGAUCAAAUAUGGCUGUUUACUAGGCGCUAAAACAGUUACCAAUUACCUCAACAUAGAAAAUGAAAACGAUCAAGUAUUUAUAAAUAAAUAUAAAGAUACCGCUAUACAGUAUCUUGUUGACGAUGAACCUCGUGUACGAUUGGCUGCUGGGGAAGUUCUGGGAGCACUUUGUGCUAAAACGGGCCCUCUCUUGUAUUCUGAGAUAAAAACACCCCUCGUCAAUCUGCUAUUGAGCCAGAUAGAUUCUCAGAGUACAGAUCAACAUCAGAUUAUACAUAAAAUUGCGACCAGCUCGAAAUCAAACGAGAUAACUGAACUCCAUGAAACGAGCAGUGCCUCAUCAACCUUGGAAACGACAUUGAAAUGUUUCCAAAAUCUCGUCGAAAGUUAUGGUUACCAAUUCCAACCAUUCAUUGAUUUUGAGUUGUUAAAUUUGGUAUUUCGAAGCACAAAGCACUCUUGCCGUUUUGUAAGAGAAACUGCAUUUUAUCUUUGUGCAUCUUUAGUCGCGAGUGGAGAGGAUGAUUCCAUGUAUGAUUAUGAAAAACACGACAACGCUGUAGUAGAUUCGUAUGGAAAUGAAUUUGCUCAUCAUCUGUCAUCUGGUCUGUCAGACAAUUGGUCACAAGUUCGUUUAGCAGCUAGCAUUGCAACGCGUAAAUUUUUAAUGGCCUUACCAAUAGCCCAAUCCAGGGAAGCAUAUUACCCUGAGCUGUUACCUAAGAUAUGUUUAAACAGAUACUACGUAGCCGAAGGAGUCAGGAACUAUUCACAAGAAACUUGGCGACAGGUUACAGGUGCUGAUGGCAAAAUAUUAGUUGAAAAAUUCAUAAAUGAAACGGUUGAAUACUAUAUCAUAGCCACUGAGAGUCACAAUCACCCAGUAAGGGAAGCGGCAUGUUCCUGUAUUGCAGAAUUAGCAACAAAAAUUGACCCAGAAUGUGUCCGCUCACACGUCGGACGGCUGUUGUCUACACUUGGUGUCUGUUUCGCAGACGAUUCCUGGCCUGUCAGAGAUGCGGCAUGCUUAGCUUGUGGCAGCCUAAUCCAAACAUUUCCACAAGAAUCUCAAGCAGCUCUUCCAAGUCUGUAUCCUAUGUUUUAUCGGAAUUUAGAAGAUCCUAUCGCAAGUGUACGUCAAGGUGCAGCAAUUGGACUGAGUAAUACAGUACGAGCCUACGGUGGUUUAAUCUUGACUGAAAUCCAGCAAAGAAUUAUUAUGGGCUUGAAUGGUGUUAGAAAUCAACCAGACUCUAGUCUACAAUUUUUAGAACCUAACUCUAGGCUAAAUACCACCUACACGAGUAAUCGUAGGUGUCCGCAGGUCACGGAUCCCACAAAUGAUGUACCCAUGAGUAAGCAUAGUAAGAAUUAUCAUGGCGAUCUUACCUCACGCAGACCAAGCGAACCUUGGGAGCUAGCAGACGGGUGCAUUUAUUUACUGGGAGAGCUGGCAAUGAUAGGAGGGCCUGCUCUUUACGUGGUGACAGAAGUUUUACCACUGCUCGCAGAAGUUUCUAAGCUACAUCACUAUAGAAGUCACUUGCAGCUUCUAGAGAAUCUCUGUAAAACUCUUCCUAUUAUUGGUACUAAUGCAGGGAAAAAGUACACAAAAUCGUUUGUACAGGAAUUCUUUGACCCCAUCUUUUAUGCACUAGAAAGUGAGAACGCAUUGACAUCUAGUGCAGCUAGUCAAUGUUUGAACACGUUGAGCUCUUUAAUAGGCCCAUCUAUACUACGUGCAAAAGUGCAGUCACAUAAUCCAAGGUAAAAAAUGGUACUAGCCAUCAUCGAUUAUUGAUUAUUGAAUUUCCAAAUUCGCGGUUUGUUCAAUACAAUUGAUGUUAAUUUUUCAGCUAUCUCCAUCAUUUGGAUGCAAACAUUCACAUAGCUCCGUUAUAACAUCAAUGAAAUUCAUAAAUUAUUGCUGAAUUGACCAAGUUGAGGAUCAUUUAGAAAUCUCAAUAUUAGUCGUACAACUGUGUGUGUGUGCUUCAUGAAAUGAAUUUAUUUCUAUGUAACGUAUGUGUGCUUAUGGCCUGAAUUUCAAGAACGCCUUAAAGUGUCCAAGUCUAUAGUCAAUUUAUAAAAAUCUAAGCCACUAUACCUAAUGAUUGUGCUCUACUACCACGUUCCUGUUUUACUCCUUUGCAAUACGAAACCUGAAUUUUGUAAACUUUGUAAGUCUUACAAUACAUAAUAAAAUUCAACUCUCAUAAAA